AUAAUUGGCCUGGUGGUGUCAUCAAAAAAAUUGCCAUACUUUUUGAAAAAAUUACUAUUUCAAUCUGGAAACGAUGUCUGGUGAUAAAGUAAAUUCCGUUGAUGGUGUGUCAGUUCAGGCAAACCAUGUUGAAAAACCCACUCAGUUGAAAGGGGACGAUGACCAGGUGGAUCCAUGGAAUGUAGUGAGCAAAUCUGAUACAGGAGUUGAUUAUGAUAAAUUAAUACAAAGAUUUGGAAGUUCAAAAAUCGAUGAGGAACUUUUGACACGUUUUGAGAAAGUGACUGGCAAGCCAGUGCAUCAUCUGUUAAGGAGAGGAUUUUUUUUCUCACAUAGAGACAUGCAUUCGAUUCUAACAAGAUAUGAACAAGGCAAACCUUUCUACUUGUACACAGGCCGAGGGCCUUCAUCGUCCUCGAUGCAUUUAGGCCAUUUAAUUCCAUUUACUCUUUGCAAAUGGUUACAAGAUGUUUUUAAUUGCCCUCUGGUCAUUCAAUUAACUGACGAUGAGAAAACGUUAUGGAAAGAUCUGACUGUUGAGGAAGCAUAUAAGAUGGCUCUUGAAAAUGCCAAAGAUAUUAUUGCUUGUGGCUUUGACAUUAACAAAACAUUCAUUUUUUCGGAUUUUACGUAUAUUGGACAGCGACCUGAGUUCUACCGUAAUAUGAUUCGCAUUCAAAAGUGUGUUACUUUCAAUCAAGUGAAAGGUAUUUUCGGAUUUGACGAUAGUACUGUGAUUGGAAAAAUUGCUUUUCCGGCUGUUCAAGCCACUCCUGCUCUGUCCACAUCAUUUCCCGAUAUAUUCGGCACUAAGAAGAUUCCGUGUUUAAUACCGUGUGCUAUUGACCAAGACCCAUAUUUUCGGAUGACCCGAGAUGUUUGUCCUAGGAUUGGUUUCGAUAAACCGGCUUUACUUCAUUCCAAAUUCUUCCCGGCACUUCAAGGGGCAAAGACAAAAAUGUCUGCAUCGGAAGCAAAUAGUACCAUUUUCAUGAAUGAUACUCCAAAGCAACUGAAAAAUAAAAUCAACAAACACGCAUUUUCUGGCGGGCAGACGACAGUUGAAGAACAUCGGAAAAUCGGCGGAAACUGUGAUAUAGACAUAUCCUAUCAGUAUUUAAGGUUUUUCUUGCAUGACGAUGAGAAGCUUGAGGAAAUAAAGGAGAAUUACACCAGCGGCAAGUUGUUAACGGGCGAGCUUAAAAAGUUCCUCAUCGAUGUUUUAACACCGGUAUUAACAAAGCAUCAAGAAAUUCGAUCUCAGGUUACUGACGACACUUUACAAACCUUUAUGACACCCAGGAAAUUGUGCUGAUACAGAUUAACAGCAAGUAUUUGAUUCAUUACUAUUGCGGAUGUAAAUUUUCUAUUCUGCGUUAUUUCACAAUAAUUAAGUGUAGUGAUGCACUAAACUUAAUUAUCGUAAAUUAACAUAAUUAACUUUGAUUGCAAAAUGGGAUUCACAGAGUCAGUUUGUAGGUGUCUUCACUUACUUACAGAUGCAAAUGGACUAUUUAUUGAGUAUUUAUUUGUAUUUAUAUUUGGUGAUAAAUAGCUAUCUUUGUUUCAUAGUCGAUUUUUUAUAAUUCAUUCGAUUCAAUAACAAAUGUAUGGUGCAAGCUUGAUAAUAAAACCAAUUUUGCUUUCUA